AUGUUCGACAAGAUGGAAGGAAUCCCUCUGAGUGCCCAGCGGGCAGGCGUUGACUUCUCCUGGGAGUCCAUCCCGGAGUACCUGGACGCCAUCGGUCGCCGCCGGGGCAUCAACGUCGGCGCUUUCGUGGGACACUCCGGCGUGCGUCGUUACGUGAUGGGCCAGGCCGCCCAGGAGCGGGAGGCCACCCCCGAAGAAAUCGAGGCAAUGAAGGCGGAGGUCCGCAAGGGCAUACUUGCCGGGGCCCUGGGGUUCAGCGUCGGCAACUUCGCCGACCAGGGCGAGGAGAUUUUCGGUGUCCGGGUGCCGUCAUCGGUGGCCUCAGACGCUGAGCGUUUCGCGGUGGGCGAUGUCCUCGGCGAGUUGGGCACUGGCGUUUUCCAGGUCAGCGGUGGUGCCGCGGGCGGAUACACAACGCCUGCCGGUAUAGCCCAAGAACUGUCCCGCCGCACGGGACGCCCCGCCAUCUACAAUCUGCUGGCCCAGGAACUGAGCAAGCCCGACGAAUGGAAAGGAGCACCUCCAGAUGGUGGAGGAUGCCUUCCGGUCCGGCACCAGGGCCUAUGCCUCCUGCCUGUCCGCCACGGCGGGUCCGAUCUUCGACCUCCGCGCCGGCUUGGGCGGGCUGGAAGACGAGGACAUGAUCAGCCCCACCACCGUAUUCCAGGGCAUGACAACGUGGGACUCGGUGAUGGCCCUGCCGGUGGAGGAGCGGAUCCGCUCCUUCCGCGACCCGGAGAUUCGCCGCGCCCUGAGCAUCGAGGGCGUGGAGACCGAGGGCGAGCACCGGUACCGCAUGAACCGGGGCACCCGCACCAUGAGCUUCAACCGCCGCUGGACCUGGUGCAGGUCUACAUGGCCCACGAGGAGCGCAACCGCCGGUACAGUGGGAUGAGUGUCGAGGAAGUGGCCACCGAGCAGGGGAAGGGAAUCAUGGACGCCUUCCUCGACCUGGUCCUCGACGACGACCUCCGCACCAGCUUCCAGGUUAUCGACCGGAACAGCGACCCCACGUCGCAGCGGGAGAUUCUGGGUUCGCCCUACACCGUCAUCGGCACCACUGACGGCGGCGCCCGCCCCGACAAGGGCGACCGCACCACCUACAGCACCUAUCUCCUGAGCCAUUGGGUGCGGGAAGAGCAGGUGCUGACCCUGGAGGACGCGGUUUACCGGAUGACCGGCAAGACGGCGCUGAUGCACGACCUCCACGACCGCGGCUUCAUCCAGGCAGGCAAGGCCGCCGACAUCACCAUCUUCGACCCCGAUACCAUCGGCAUGAAGCCCCGGGAGCCGAUGUACGAGUUCCCUGGCGGCGAGAUGCACGUGAAGCAGCCCGCCAGCGGUAUCGACUACGUGAUCGUCAACGGCGAGGUGCUGCUGGAGAAUGGCGAGCACACCGGAGCGCUGCCAGGGCAGGUACUUCGCGGCCCCUACCACCAGGGAUAG